UGGACGAGCCGUGCAGCCGAGUUGUCAGCAUUAUUUGUGUUUGCGCUCAACUCUCCGCUUGCAGAAGGUGAGUUAGCAGAUGGGCAGGACUGUGCAGUCACCAUUCCCGGCGAGGACCACCGGUGGGAGUGCACCGCUGCUCAGAGCGGACUGGACCGCCGCAGGAAAAGACGCUCCCAGUCGCCGGAGUUAGCUGGCUAACUUGCCCGCUAGCUAAUCUGAAGCUUAAAAUGUCGACUCUCCGCGCUUUGCGAACUGAACGGGACGGUUGCAGAGUCGAGGGAUCGUGCCAUGAAAUUACAGCGCCGUGUUGUUGAUGUUUCCGAGCCUUGAGUUAUGCUCUCACGAAAGAAAAGUAAAAACGAAGCGUCGAAACCAGCCGAGGUACACGGGAAAUAUGUGAAGAAGGAAACGUCGCCGCUCCUGAGAAAUCUUAUGCCCUCAUUCAUCCGCCAUGGACCCACUAUUCCCAGACGCACAGAGGUCCCUCUGCCAGAGAUGGGGCCCUCUGCCUACCCGGUGGCACCCAGCCGGGAGCCUGUGGUGUCCCGCAACAAGAGUUUCCUCCGUACCCCUGUGCAGAGGCCUCCUCAUGAAGUGGCCCGCAGAGAGAGCCAUCGCAUGUCAGCGCCCCCUUACCUGCCUCGCAGUCUGGGAGACCUGCCCCACGAGUAUGGAGGCUCCUCACAAUCCUUCCUCACAGACGUGAGCCCCAUGUCCGAGAAUGGAGACGCUGCCCGGUAUUAUUAUCCCUCUGAACCUUGCUAUGACAGCCAACCACACCAGCAGCAGCAGCAGCGCCAGCCCAGGAGGGUCCUGGACCGCUUUACUGAGGACUAUAGAUACUAUGAGCACAAUGAACACAAUUUCCAAAGACUUCCCCGACAGCACACUCCCCCAGCUCCAAGCAGACCCCCUUCAGGCAUAGGUCGAAUACAGGCCAAGUCCCUGGGGAACCUCUCCAGUCUAACGGGAGAGGACCUCCCACUUCCGGCCGGCUGGACCGUUGACUGGACCAUCCGUGGCAGGAAGUACUACAUCGACCACAACACUAACACUACACACUGGAGCCACCCUCUGGAGAGGGAAGGGCUCCCUCCAGGCUGGGAGAAGGUGGAGUCAGCUGAGUUUGGGGUCUACUACGUGGAUCACAUCAACAAGAGGGCACAGUAUCGCCAUCCCUGUGCUCCAAGUGUGCCUCGCUAUGAUCAGCCCCCACCACUACCGCCUCCUGUGACCUAUCAGCCACGUCCCGCAGAGAGGAACCAGCCGGUGCUGGUCCCAGCUAACCCGUACCACACAGCCGAGAUCCCAGACUGGCUGCAGGUGUACGCCCGCGCACCGCUAAAGUAUGACCACAUCCUAAAAUGGGAGUUGUUCCAGCUGGCAGACUUGGACACGUAUCAGGGCAUGCUGAAGCUGCUCUUCAUGAAGGAGCUGGAGCACAUCGUCAAAUCGUACGAGGCGUACCGACAGGCGCUGCUGUCCGAGGUGGAGGCUCGCAAACAGCGGCAGCAGUGGUACGCCCAGCAGCCCAACAAGAACUUCAUGGGGAACAUGUGAUGUGUGUGUGUGUGUGUGCGCGCAGCGGGGACGCCGCGCUGCCACACCUCUCUGAGGUUUCCACAGUUUGGGAGCGGUCAGGGUUUCUUUUGAAAUCAUGAUUGACCCUUAAUUGCCUCUUUACCAAACACAUCUGUGCCUUCGCUUGAUCCAAAUAUAUCAGCCAGGAAGUUGAGACACACAUUGGCGGGGGGCCCCUCUUACCCCCCCCCCCUCCGCCCCUUCUUACACUCAAUUUAUGAAUGAGCAUGUGACUGAAAAACACUGCAAUGAAGAAAAAACAAACCUAUAACGUGCUACAUCUGGGGAGACUGCUUGUGGUGCCGUUUACAGCCGCUGCCCUGAGAACUGAAUAGCUGUAUGGAUUUUUUGUUUUUAAGUCUGAGGAGAGCAGAGUCCGAGAAACUCUUAAUAUUUGUUCUGAAACAUCCUGAGAUUGUGCCUUUUCAGAAAUAAAACGCAGCAUUUCUACAAUGUCUGCUCAUAUCGUGUAUACACCAGCUACUCCGUCAUUUUUUCCUGUGGGAGAAAACGACCGGCAGCUUCUUCUAAUUGGUUCCCGUAUGAAAUACUUCAUGACUAUUUUUCCUUUGCUUCGUUACCCUCAUAAACUGAAACCACACUCCUUUACAUUAAACAAAAAGUGUGCAUUUUU